GCCGCACGUGUUAUGAAUUAUGUAACUUUUCUCCUUAAACUAUUAGUGAAAAUAUUAGAAAUAUAGUUACAAAAUGAGUAUUUUAACGGCAUCUUUGCAUAUUUUUAUAUACGUAGUGGUUGUUUGUCCUAUAAGUGAGGUUUUGUGCCACCUGGCCAACGCUAACCUGGCUGGAAAAUAUCACGAUAUACAAGGAGAAAAAGACCACACCCACGAGCAAGACCGCCCAUGUGCAGUGUGCCCACGAAAUGGGCGCUGCGUGCCCCGGAUACAAUGUCCCGCCCACGUCAGAACAGGCUCAUACAAUCCCGAGUGUCAUCUCGCCAAGACCGGGGUGGUUGGCGUCUGCUGCUUCACUAGCGGACACGCUGCGGAAUCGGACCACAAGCGGCGAUCAACAUCAUCAAUCAGCGUUCAAGACGUGAAGGCAGCUCACCAUCAGUCUCAUCACAAACUGACAAAGAUGAUGAGCCACGUCGAUGAACUGUUGAACAACCAUCACCACACCAUCGUCAAUAAUUCUUCGCCGAGUUUUGGUCAUCAUUUGUCAAUGGUAACAAACGACCCUCGGACGGAGGAGCUGGGUCGCGGUGGUCUGCUGAAUUUAUUCGCGGCGCAGGACUUGCAGGCUAGGCAGGCGCUGUCCGAUGAGGACCUCGCUCUUGGACUCACUGAUCACACUGAUGGUCCAUUCUGCCCCCCACCUCCAUCGUGCGCGACCCCCCCAAACCGCUACCGCAGCCCGUCCGGAGAGUGCAACAACCCUGCCAACCCCACUUGGGGCGCCAGCAACACUGGAUUCGAGAAAAUUCUACCGCCUGAUUAUAGCGAUGGGAUCUGGGCACUAAAAGCAUCUUCGUCAGGGUUGCCGCUGCCCAGCGCACGCGCAGUGAGUGCCGCCCUGCUGCCAGACGGCAGCCACGUCAGCGGCACACACAACAUGCUCUACAUGCAGUUCGGACAGUUCAUCGCCCAUGAUGUCAGUGCUGGGGUCGUGUUUACUAUUGGCAAUGGUAGCGCAAUAUCGUGCUGCGCCAACAACGGCGAAGCAGUUCUGCCCCCUUCACUGCAGCAUUGGGCGUGUGCAGCUGUUGUAACGGAUGCAGACGACGCGUUCUACUCGCAGUUUCGACAGACUUGCCUCAACUUCGUGCGCACACAAUUGGCGCCUUCACCCGACUGCUCCGUAGGAUAUGCCAAACAGAUGAACGGCGCAACUCACUACCCAGACCUGUCGCACCUGUAUGGCAGCACAGCAGAGAAGGUAGCAGCGUUGCGGGCACCAGGUGGUCUUCUGGCUGUGUUCAAUGACUACGGGAGGGAGCUGCCUCCGCUGACCGGGAGGGAGGAGUGCCUCUCUGCCAAGGAGGGCGCAGCUUGCUUCGAAUCUGGAGACAACCACGGCAACCAGAUCAUCUCCCUUACGGUCCUCCACACUAUCUGGACGAGAGAACACAAUCGUAUCGCCCGCGCCUUAUCGCGCCUCAACCCUGACUGGGACGAAGACACCGUCUACUUGGAAGCGAGAAGGCUUGUCCAGGCGGAAUUUCAGCAUAUCAUUUACAAUGAGUGGCUGCCUAUACUUCUUGGUCCCCAAAUAAUGCAAACAUUCGGGUUAGCCCCUUCAGACGGCUACUCGUCUUCGUACGACCCUAACACCAAUCCGUCUAUCACCAGCGAGUUCUCUGCCGCAGCCAUGAGGUUCGGUCACUCCAUCGCUGACGGCAAGAUCACAGUCCCAAACUUAUCAACAAACAGCGUAUACGAGACGGUGUCAAUUCCCGAGCUGAUGUUCCAGCCGUCAAGACUGCGGUUGAGGAAUUUUCUAGACCGCCUGCUGGUCGGUCUGACCAGACAACCAAUGCAGAGUGUUGAUCCGUUUGUCACUGAAGGAUUGACUCGCUACUUAUUCCACGGCGGCAAUCCGUUCGGGCUAGACCUAGCGUCCAUCAACAUCCAGCGCGGGCGUGACUGGGGUCUACGCUCCUACAACCACUACCGGCGCCUCAUAGGCCUCCGCCCCGUCGAGGACUUCUACCAGUUCAGUCCUAAUACGGCUCAGCGUCUAUCGUCAGUAUACUCUACUCCAGAGGACAUAGAACUAUGGGUUGGGGGUCUACUGGAGCCCCCAGUGGAAGGAGGCGUGGUAGGGGCCACCUUCGCCCAAAUCAUCGCCGAUCAGUUUUCAAGACUCAAGAAGGGAGACCGCUACUUCUACGAAUACGGGCCUGAUGUCAAUCCUGGUGCUUUUACUCCUAGUCAGUUAUCAGAAAUAAAGAAGGUCACUAUAUCCCGUAUCGUAUGCGACAACACAGAUGGAUAUGAACCCUUCACUCUGCCUCCUAGCGCCUUCCUCAGACCAGACGUGCCGGGGAAUAAUCCAGUGAGCUGCGACAGCUACCUCAUACCUUCGAUGGAUCUCAGCAGGUUCAAGGAGGUCUAACUUCCAACUUUAACAAAAAUAUCAAAUGUCCAGCUAUGAUACAAUACUUAAGCCAUUUCUCCUUAACAUAACGUAACAAAUACUUUAUUCAAACACAGAAAAUACAAAACAAAAGAGAAAUAGAACGAGUAAUAACUAAAAUAACGUUUUCGGAUUUAAAAAAAAAAAUAUAUCAAGACAACAACAUAAGGAAAACUGUGUGGCCAGUAUCAGUAUAUCCAUAAUCUAUUAUUCCCACCCUUUAAAUAAAUUGUAAGUUUCUGCCUAAGUAAAGCUUAAGUUAAGAAAGUGUCUUUAAGUUUGUAUAUAUACAUUUUUGGUUCAUCUUAAGUAUACCUAUUUUAGGAGUCUUAAUUUUCUUAAGUCACACUUCUUCUACCACAUAGGUAUGUAACUAAGUCUUUAGAAAUCCAGUACUUGAUAUUUUAAUAAGAAAUCCAGUAGCAUUUUCUUUAGUUGCAUAUGUCCUAUCAAUCCUUUCUUCUUACUUCGUAGAAUUUUCAAAUAUUUUGUUAUUUUUAUACCUUCAUUUUCAUUUGGUUGAUGAGGUUGAUACUCCACCUCACAACCCACACGAUAGAAGAAGAAGAUACUUACCUUCAAUAUUUCUCAGCAGAUUUUAAGCGAAAUGUUCGAUUCCGUGCUGGGCAAAACAAACUGUAUAAAUAAAAAUGUGAAAAUUAUGCGCUUUGGUUAAUAGCUUCAUUUCAUCCAUGAGUCUAAAAGGUAAGAAAAAAUAGUUGUUCCCUAUGACUCCCAGGUUCUUGAUCAGCAUGUCUACCAUCUAUGUUAAUAUUCUCUACACUUCUCUUUACAAAAUGAUUAUUGCAAUUAACUGAUUCUAUUGCAAAAGCGAUCUUUUCAUUAAAUUUUGCAUGUUCGUCACCUUUUGUGAUAUAAUCAUUACUUGUGAUCACUAUUAUGAUGAUUUUAUUAAUAUCUUCAAUGAUUUAACAUAAACAGCUUAUAUCAAUGAAUAUCUAUGCUCAAUUAAUUGUAUAUAAAUGAUUUGUUUAGACACAGUUCUUUUGACGUUAAGUAAAUUAAUUUCCUCAACUUAUUUUUUGACAGACAUUAAUAUAACUUACCCAUAUGUAGACGCGAAAACAAAUUCCCAGUUUAAAAUAUAGUCCUUCGAAAGAAGUAUACGGAUUUUAAUGGGGCUAAUUUUACUAGUUAUAAUAAUUCUACGUAGAAUCUGCGACACUAGCUCCGCGGCCGCGGUACUUCUUUAGAGAGUCCUUCUAUAAGUAGUAUUAUAUUGUAUUUUCUAUGAAGCAUGUAUGAAUACGUAAGUUGUCUUGUGGAGUUGUGGCUCUGCCCAUACUAAUUACAGGCUGCAUAAGUUUUGUCUGUCUGUCUGUCAUUAUGAUUAUCUAUGCCACCAGAAGCAUUGUAAAGUUCCACUGUGGCCCGGACAGUGGGGUUGUACAAAGCUUCUACAUUACCAAUGUCUCAAGAAUUGUGUCCACAACUGAUUCUUAACUAAUUAUUAUUGAUUCUUAAGAAAAGCUUGAAGUGUAGAAAAUCUUAAUUUUGAUAGGUAUCGUAUGUAUCUGCCAAUGAAGCCAAAACCGAUGUUAAAGAUUUCAGAAUAAGAAACAUAGAACUUCUAUUUAUUUUUAAUUCAUUGUUUAGCCAUAGUCAUGUAUUCACAAUAUUUACUUAAGACGUUUGCAGUUUUCUAUUAAUAACAUGUGUAAGUUCUACCAUAAAUUAAACACGAGUAUUAUUUUUUUAAUUUUGAUCAAAACAAAUCAAUAAUUUAUCAUGAAACGUUUACAACUAUCUUCUUUUUUAUCUAUGCUUCUGGAUUUUUUGUUAAAAUUGGAAUGGGUCAGUACCUGAUUCAAUGAUUUUUUCCUCAAAAAAAUCCACGAAUCGGGAGUAUUUUGUUUGUAUUGUGGUAGUUGAAAGUGUGAUAGAAGAUUUAAAUUACAGUGAAUUAAUUUUUAAAUAGGUAUAAAGAAUGAAUUGGAAGAUAAAACUAUAAAUAAAUAAUUCCAUAAUAAUAUUGGUAACAAUUAUUAUUUUCUUAAAAAGGUCAACAAUAAAAAUAUGAAAGAAGGUACCUACCCAUAUCUUUUAAAUAUUGAGCCUUCUAGUAAACAAAAAACCGACACCGUUUCUUUAAAUUCACAUUAAAUGUUUUAAAAUCAUAAAGCAAUCAUAUAAGGCACACUAGGUUUGAUAAAUGUGUUCAUAUUUUGAAAUAAUUACUAGGACUCGCAUAAUUACAUCCGCCAUGUUUGUUUACUGGAAGAAUUAACUUAAAAAAGUUAUAGGUACUGUAGGGAAGUAACUUACAUACACAAGAAAAAUACUUAAAUAUAAAUAGCUACAGAAUAAAAUCAGGCACAUCAUAAUAAUAUUGUCAUCUUUCGAAAUAACAAAUAUGAUUUACUGUGCAUGUCUUUUUACAAUAAAUUAAGUAAGUAUUUGAAAAAUCUAUUAACAGCGGACUUUUUAUAGCUUGUAAAAUUGAUGUAAGUAUAAUUAUGUUACUAUGCUUAGAACAUUAAAAUACUUUAAAAAUGUAAAAAUCAACGAAUAAUGUAAAAAACCUACCUACCUAAAGAUAUAUUACAUAAAAUAUUUUUUUCGUACUUUGUAAUCGUGUCCUUUCCGCGUAAAAAACUUUAUUAUUAUUUUGAGUUUGACAUCUCAUAAUAAUUUAUUAAUUAUGCCGUCCUUAACUUACGCUUGAUGCGAGAAAGAGAUACCGCUAGUUUAGGAACUGUCAAAUUAAAUUUAUAUUAAGUUUAAAUUAAUUAGGUCCGCUAGAAUCUGCGAUUGUCUGAAUUAUGCUACAUUUUAAAUUCUUGUAAUAGUGUAUUGUUUUAAAUGUAUUGAUAAUUUUAUAGCGAGGAAAACGCAGGGCGGUAAGCGGUGGUCAAAUAGUAAUAAUUAAGAAUAUUGUAAGAAUAUUUUUACAACAUAAUAAUAAUAAUAUACUUAUAUAUAAUACAAUUUUAACAUAGUAAUGGGGAUAUAUACUUAUUAUUAAGAGUUAAACUUAUAAUAGUAACUAGUUGUUUAAUCAAUAAUGAGCCUUUUAAUAAUAUUAAAUAAGAAUAAAAUCGCAGGUAAGUAUAAUUUAAGUAUUAAUAAUUAUUAUUAAUUAAGUAACCCCCUUCCGGUUGAUUGAGGGGUGGCUUGUGCCCAGCAGUGGGACGUAUAUAGGCAGUUUAUGUUAUUAAUUAGGUCUCCACUUUAUAUCUUGAAUGAAUUUUUGAAAAACACUCUGCUUAGAUAAUAUAUAAAUUAAAUAAGUUUUUAUAUUUGUUCUUUUUACUUUGUAAAUUUAAAUGUUUUCAUUUUUGCAAGCAUUUUUAAAAAUGUUUUGUAUGCCAAUUGAUUUUAUAAAUAAAUUCGUUUUCACAAAUAAAUGUGUUUAGCUUAAGGUAUCGGCAAAAAUGGCUGUGUUAAUCUAUUUUAUUAGAUAUCAUUGUUUAAGUAUUUGUAAAUAUUAUUUACAUAAUACUUUAUAUUUUUAAUAAGUAGGCAGAUAAAAAUAUUGUUAAAACUUAUUUUUAUCGAUAAUAAUGUAUUUUUUUGUAAAUAAAUAGGAACGGGCACUAUUAUUAAUAUGUUUAUUAUAAUUACGAAAUUAAUUUCUAAUUAUUAAUUAUUUAAUAAUAGGUUUAAAGCCUGAUCUUAUUUUUUUCUUCGUAAAUGAGAUGCUGCAUGUUAGUUAAUAAUAGAUGAUUCUGGUCAACAGUUCAUCUUGCGAUGGAUGUACCUCUGACUACCCCAAUUGGGAAGUAGUCGUGAACUUAAGUUACGUGUUGUGAUUUUGGUUAAUAAAGUAAUAUAAUCAGUUA